AUGGAGAACUACCCAGAUCAGAGCUCGGAUUGCACCGAGCUGCUUGACUGGCUGCUCGAUCAAGACCAUGUAAUCCCACAGCAUGAAGAAACAGGACACAGCGGAACCCACUGUAGUUGGCCAGUCCAGAACCCAAAUAUGAUGCUGCCACCUCAACAGGCCAAUGACCGUUUUCUCAAAGCUCUUCUGAACGCCACCGAUACAGUAUCUGGCUCUCCUCUCUGGUCUCCUUCUCCCAGUGACAGCGGUAUCAGCGAGGACCAUGCCUCAGACCAUAUGGACAGCCCUCAAAGGUCAGAAAGUCCACCUGAUGGAGCGCAAUGCGACAGUCAGAGAGCAGACACCAAGACGACGUUGGAGGGGAACUUUCCAGCUGGACUCCAUGGCUGGAACCCAACUCUUCCCCCGGGAAGGACAGACAUGUCACACUAUCCUUCAAAUCUGCCCAAGACUUACAUGUCGUCUGGCUUCCCACUGACUGUCAAAGAUCUGCUGCUGUCUGGCACUGCAGAGUCGCCCCUGCUGCCAUCCCAAAACUCCAUUCAGGAACUCAUUCUGAAUGAAGACGAGAAGAAGCUACUGGCAAAGGAAGGAGUGACUCUGCCAAACCAACUGCCUCUAACAAAGAAUGAAGAGCGGAUUCUGAAGAAAAUCCGUAGGAAGAUUCGAAAUAAGCAGUCUGCCCAGGAGAGCCGUAAGAAGAAAAAGGAAUACAUCGAUGGACUGGAGGGCAGAAUGGCUGCAUGCAGUGCACAUAACCAGGAGCUGCAGCGGAAGGUUUCCCAGCUGGAAAAAUGUAACAUUUCACUGAUGGAACAGUUGCGCCGGCUUCAAGCUUUGGUUAUGAAUACGUCCAACAAGCCCGCUCAAACCAGAACAUGUAUAAUGGUUCUGAUGCUGUCCUUCUCCCUUAUCCUGUUCCCAAACCUAAAAUCCUUCUCCAGCUCCACGGUCAACCAAGGAGACUUUGCCCCGGUCAGAAUCCAGUCACGAUCCCUGCAGAAUCUUCAGGCCUCCCGUGUGGUGCAUGUCAGUGACCCAGCAUUCUCCACCGAGGAUGAAUCUCAGCAUGUGGAGCAGCAAUUUCCAGCAGAUCCAGGAUUGAGGGAUAUUACUGCCCUGAUGAGGCAGCUAAAGGUGAAUGAAAAACCAGAAACUGUGACUGGAAACUGCACCCAUGAAGAACGCAUCAGCCACUUCCAUGUUGACCCAAUUACUGGUCACAUCGCCACAGUCACCCUGGAUCCCACCCACUCUGCACGUCUGCGCCCGCAUGCUGACGACAUGUAA